AUGAGCAACAAUGGAACAGAACUAACCCUUGGUUUCAUCUCCUCUUCUGUAGCCAUCCUUUUGUUUGGCUCAAACUAUGUACCACUUAAAAAAUAUUAUACUGGUGAUGGAAUGUUUCUCCAGUGGGUACUCUGUGCUGCUAUAUGGUUGGUUGCCUUGGUGGCCAAUCUGAUACAUUGCCCUAAGUUUUGGCCUUUUGCAAUGGUGGGGGGGUGUGUUAUAUCUGCAGGGAACAUUGCUGUUGUCCCAGGGAUGAAAACCAUUGGUUUAGGUCUUGGACUCUUAAUCUGGGGAUCAUUUAAUGCCUUAACUGGUUGGACAAGCUCAAGGUUUGGCUGGUUUGGAAUGGAUGCAGAAGUAGCAAAACCACUGCUAAAUGACUUGGGCGCUGGGCUAUCAGUAGUCAGUACUUUCAUAUGUCUCUUCAUCAAAAGUGAAAUACCAAAGAACACGUGUUCUAUGGACACCACAUUAUUAAUGACAGAGCAUUUGACCAACAAAACUCAAGAUCCCUGUCCUGGUUCUUCCUGGGUAGAACUUUCUCCAGUGCAGUCCCGAAUGGUGGGCUGCAGUCUUGCAGUGAUAUCUGGAAUACUCUAUGGAUCCAAAUUUGUGCAAAUGAUUUAUAUCAAGGACCACAGCAAAAGAAAUGAUAGUAUAUAUGCAGGGGCAAGCCAGUAUGAUUUAGACUAUGUUUUUGCACACGCCAGUGGCAUCUUUCUUACAAGUACCAUCUACUUUCUGGCUUACUGUAUAGCCAUGAAAAAUAAUCCUAAACUAUAUCCUGAAGCAGUCUUGCCAGGAUUUCUGUCAGGAAUACUGUGGGCAACAGCCACCUGCUGCUGGUUCAUCACUAAUCACUCUCUCAGCUCUGUGGUCAGUUUUCCCAUAGUCACUGCUGGUCCAGGAUUUGUAGUUGCAAUGUGCUGUGUCUUCAUGUUUAAAGAAAUACAGGGUCAACAAAACUACCUUAUGAUAUUUGCAUUUUGCAUCAUCUUGACUGGAGCAUUGUGCACUGCUUUUUCUAAAAUCUAGCAACCACAUGACCAGCAGGUGGCAGCAGUGAUUAAGAGAAGGCCUCUACUGGACACUAGACAGAUUAUACUGAGAACAGAGGUCAUUUUCAUACCGCAAAUGGAUCUCAACUCAUCCUGGAGUGGGUUUGCUUCUUGAAUUCUGAUAUUAUAUUACUUAAUUCAGAAAGAUUCCAGUUAGAUCUUCAUUACAGAAGAGACACCGCACAACGCCCGCCACAUCCACAGGCUUCCUCAGCCCAGUGCGGGUGAGAGACGCACAGCCGCCUGGCGCAGGGUUGGAUGUCCGGCCCAAAGAAAGUUCAUCCAUAGGGUGGCUGCAAGCCUAGGACAUCAUCUGAUCACAGAGGUCUGCCAAGAGCUCAACAACUCUUGUAAAUUUCUUCUGUCUUUUCUGGAUGUGUGUUAUCAGAGAAGGAAGAAGCAACAGCUGGUCGGUUUAAAGCAUUUAGAUGAGCUUCAUCUGUUAGAUACAAUUAAGACAAAGCACCUGAUUAGCCAUCAUGUAAUGUAGGUGCCUCUGUACUCCAUAGCAAAGGAAUCUCUGCUCACCACUGCACAACUUUUAUUAUCAUGUGCAAUAAAAGACUUGGCAAUUU